UUUAUCUUUUCACGAUCAUCAGGAUUGGGUAUUAAAUACGAACAUUUUAAUGCACGUCUCUGUCACUCUCUGUCUCUGCUUCCACAUCUGUCUCUGUGUCUUUGCUUCCACACCCGUCUUAUCAUUUUGGUAAAUGCACAUAGUUUGGUUGAUCUGCCAUUUGCUUUGAAUCUCUGGCACUAAAAUUAAGAUCCAGUCGGGGAAACCUGAGACUGUUUUGGCAUUUACGUUUCUUGGAAGCAUUUCCCGCGAAUUCCCAUGUGAAUUACUCAUCUCCCCUUAUUUUCUAUUUCUACCUGGUUUUCUUCAAGAUUUUCCAAGCAAGCAGCCGAAAGGCUAGAAAACCCCGAAAUUUUUGGUUACUCUUUCUGGGCUUUUUCUCAUAGAUUCAUGGGUUAUUCUCUAUUAUUUGUUCUCUUACUUUUAUCAAUUUUCAUUAAACUUUGUUUAGCCAUCUCUCUACCCCCUAUCGAAGAACAAGAGAGAGAUAAGAUAACCCAUUUACCAGGACAGCCAAAAAAUGUAGGAUUUGCUCAGUACUCUGGUUAUGUGACUGUGAAUGAGCAAGCAGGGAGAGCAUUAUUUUAUUGGUUGAUCGAGUCGCCUGCAAGUCGUGGACCCGAGUCCAGGCCACUUGUUUUAUGGCUUAAUGGUGGUCCUGGAUGCUCAUCCAUUGCUUAUGGUGCGACUGAAGAGAUUGGCCCUUUUCGAAUUAGUUCUGAUGGGAAGUCACUUUACUUGAAUCCUUAUGCUUGGAACAAUUUGGCAAAUAUACUUUUCCUUGAGUCUCCUGCUGGUGUGGGUUUUUCAUAUUCCAAUGAAACAUCAGAUCUGUACACGGCGGGUGACCAGAGAACAGCUGAAGAUGCUUAUACAUUUCUUGUUAACUGGUUUGAAAGAUUUCCUCAAUACAAGUAUAGAGAUUUUUACAUUGCUGGAGAAAGUUAUGCAGGUCACUAUGUCCCUCAGUUGGCCCAACUUGUUUACCAAAAAAACAAGGGAGUCCAGAAGCCAACUAUAAAUUUAAAGGGAUUUAUGGUUGGAAACGCUGUUACUGAUGAUUACAAUGAUUAUGUUGGCACGUUUGAGUACUGGUGGACCCAUGGUUUGAUUUCAGAUUCCUCAUAUAAGAUGCUGCAAAUGGCCUGUAACUUUGGAUCCUCCCAACAUCCAUCAAUGCAGUGCAAGGAGGCUCUAAGAGAUGCAGUUUUAGAGCAGGGAAACAUUGACCCAUAUAGCAUUUAUACGCGGCCAUGCAAUGAUACUGCUUCACUCAAGCACAGCUUGGGUGGUCGCUAUCCAUGGAUGUCUCGAGCUUAUGACCCUUGUACUGAGAGGUAUUCAGCCUCGUACUUCAAUCAUCCUGAGGUUCAGAAGGCACUCCAUGCCAAUGUAACUAACAUCCCAUAUUCAUGGAAAACAUGCAGUGGCAUUGUUGGAGACAACUGGGCGGAUUCUCCACUAUCCAUGCUUCCAAUAUAUCAAGAACUCAUUGGUGCUGGUCUAAAGAUUUGGGUAUACAGUGGAGACACUGACUCCGUGGUUCCAGUAACUGCCACGCGAUAUUCUAUUGACGCAUUGAAACUUCCCACUAUCACCAAUUGGUACCCUUGGUAUGACAAUGGCAAGGUUGGUGGAUGGAGCCAAGUUUAUGAAGGGCUUACGUUGGUUACAGUAACAGGAGCUGGACAUGAAGUUCCACUUCAUCGACCUCGCCAAGCAUUCAUUCUUUUCAGGUCAUUCUUGGAGAACAAGCCCAUGCCAAGUUAAACUGAACUGUGUUCAUUUCAAGCUGAUAGAUUACAAACCUUCACAGUAUACAUCAAUAAAUUUCUUUCAUAUUCAUUAGGAAAAUAAGAUUGAAAUAACAAUUUGGUCACAGCUUUAUGAAACUUGUUUUAGUUUUUGAAAAUUAGUGAGUAUAUAAGUUAUUAAUGCUUGAAAAUAAUAGGCUUGUCGUGUGCCACUCCUUUUGGGAUUCUUGAUCUGCUUGACAAAAGGACUAAUUAUCCGAUGGGUUUAUUAUUUUCAGUUAUUGACUUCUCUGUAUUCAUUGAUUUGUGGAGGCUCUUAAUAAUUUAUGGACCAAAUUGUUAGUUCAGUCAAAAGCUCAAAAUCAUUCAUAUACAUGGAGUGGGAAGCAACGCUAUAAAGAACGCAUUCCUCAUGAGUUGACUGGAAGGUCAAGGAGUUUUAUCCAAGGCACUUUUCCUUUGGUAAAAGGUGGCAUGUGGCUGUAUUUAUUCUUUGUAAUCAUAAGAUUAUUCUCUCUGUGACUCUCUGUCCUCUUCAUUGCAGUUGAGGAAUGGGAACUUGAAAUUUUUUUUUUCCUUUUUAAGUUUUGCAGAUACACAUUAAAAAAGAGAGUAAUAAAAAGGUUGAAACUGUUCCUGAGA